AUGUCGACCGCUGAGCUGGCUUCGUCGUACGCGGCGCUCAUCCUCGCUGAUGAUGGUCUUGAGGUCACCGCCGACAAGCUCCAGACCCUGAUUAAGGCUGCCAACGUCACCGAAGUCGAGCCCAUCUGGACCUCUCUGUUCGCCAAGGCUCUCGAGGGAAAGGACGUGAAGGAUCUUCUGUCAAACGUCGGCUCCGGUGGUGGUGCCGCUGCCUCCGGCCCUGCUGCUGGUGGCGCCCCAGGUGGCGACGCACCUGAGGCCGCCAAGGAGGAGGAGAAGGAGGAGGACAAGGAGGAGUCCGACGAGGACAUGGGCUUCGGUCUCUUCGAUUAA